AUGCCCGUCCCUUCUCUGUCCCCAAUUCUUGACAAGCCGGGUCUGCCCUUAGCGGUGGCUCCUCCAGCCAAAUCCCGCUGGCUGAGCUUGUUGUUGCCUUCCUUUCUGUGCCGAUCCGAGAAAAGCCCGGGGAAGCCCCGGCGCACUGCUUACUUGGAUGGGCUGCGCGGGUUUGCUGCGUUCCUGGUGUAUUGGGGGCACCAUGAGCUGUGGGCUCAUGAUGGGAUGGGUGCGGAGCGCAUCUUUGAAAAUGCGUAUGGGUAUGAAAAACAACACUAUCUCGUCGCCUUUCCGGGCAUUCGCACGUUCUUCUCCGGAGGCCACUUUGCCGUCAGCGUCUUUUUCGUCUUGUCAGGGUACGUGCUGUCCGCCAAACCGCUGGCGCUGAUCCAGGCGGGCGAAUAUCUCCAGCUGGGCGACAAUCUGGCCUCUGCUCUUUUCCGCCGAUGGCUGCGACUACACCUCCCAGUCAUUGCCACCACCUUGGUUUACAUGACCUUUCUCCACCUCUUUCACAUCAAAGCGACCCCCGAGUUGAAGGAUAGCUACGGCGCCGAGCUGUGGAAUUGGUACACCGAGUUCAAGAACUUUAGCUUCAUCUUCCGGGGGGGCGGCGAGCCCUGGUUCACGUACAACUUCCACUCGUGGUCGAUUCCGGUGGAAUUCCGCGGGUCCAUCAUCGUCUAUACCGCGCUGCUCGCGUUUUCCCGAUGUCGUCGCAACAUGCGAUUGUGGGGAGAGGUCGGAUUGAUCGUCUACUUUCUCUACAUUGCCGAUGGGUGGUUCGGGGCGUUGUUUAUCGUGGGGAUGCUUCUCUGCGAUCUCGAUCUACUGGCAGCGCGAGAUGACCUACCGGAUGUUUUUCUCAUGCUAGAACCGUUCCAGGAGGGCAUUAUUUACUUUCUGUUCAGCGUCAGCAUCUACCUGGGUGGUGUUCCCUCUCGCACCUGGGAUUUGCAAGUUCUUCGGGAAUCCCCUGGCUGGUACUACCUGUCGUUCCUGAAGCCCCAAGCAGUGUUUGACUACAAAUGGUUCUACCUGUUCUGGGCGGCCACAUUCCUCGUGACAGCCAUUGCACGGAUGCCGUGGCUGAAGCGCUUCUUCGAAACCCCGUUCAAUCAAUACCUCGGUCGCAUCUCGUUCGCCUUCUACCUGGUGCAUGGGCCGGUGCUGUGGGUGUUGGGGGAUCGGCUAUACGCCGCGGUGGGAUGGGCGCGCGAGUCGCACGCCAGCAACUGUGCCGGGUGGAUCGAUCGGCUUCCGCUUCCCCGCACGGGGCCUUUGGGGUUGGAGGUGAAUUUCCUGAUGGCGCAAUUGAUCCUGUUGCCGGUGACGUUGUGGUUGGCGGAGAUUGUGACCAAAGUGAUUGAUGAGCCGAGUGUGCGAUUUUCGCAGUGGCUGUACCGGAGAUGUAAUUAGCAGUCUGUCUGGAGUCGUCCAGGAGUCUCCGAAAUGAAUG